AUGUACAUAACGAAAAUUAUCCUCGACGGUUUCAAGUCGUACGCGACUCGAACCGAAAUCACAGAUUUCGAUUCUUCCUUCAACGCCAUCACUGGUUUGAAUGGCUCGGGGAAAUCGAACAUAUUGGAUUCGAUUUGCUUCGUCCUAGGAAUCACUAACCUGUCCCACGUCCGAGCGAAUAAUCUUCAGGAGCUUAUCUACAAAAGUGGACAAGCUGGCAUAGAAAGGGCCACCGUUUCAAUCGUCUUCGAUAACUCCAACCAAAGUCAGAGUCCCGUUGGGUACGAAUCGUCCCGAGAAAUAACUAUCACCCGUCAGGUUUAUAAACAACAAGGGAAGAACCGAUACCUCAUCAAUGGAACAGUGGUGCCAUCGAACAAAGUCAAAGAUUUCUUCGGUUCCGUCUCGUUGAACGUGAACAACCCUCAUUUUCUGAUCAUGCAAGGUCGGGUCACGAAGGUGCUCAACAUGAAACCACCCGAAAUCCUCUCGAUGCUCGAGGAAGCGACCGGGACUCGAAUGUACGAGGACAAAAAACGCGACACGCAGAGAACUAUCGAGAAGAAGGACGCGAAGCUAGAGCAGAUCGACACCGUUCUCCGCGAGGAUCUCGAGCCUCAGAUGCAGAAGCUGGCUGAGGAGCGGCAAGCGUUUGUGAAGUACAACACGGUCUGCCGUCAACUCGAUCAGCUGCAGAAGGUUCACACGGCCUAUCAAUACGUACGCACGGAGAAGAAACUGGAUUCUUUGAAUAAAGAAUCCAACCAACUCCUCCAGAAUAUCGAAGAUUAUAAACUCAAAAUAGAAGAGCUGAAAGCGGACAUCGAGAGAGCGAAAGUCGAGGCCGCUGAGAUGGAGAAGACGCAAGACCAGGAAUGCGGAGCCAAACUCUCGGGUCUCGAAGAAGCGUUGAAGUCGGUCGAAUUAUCGCAUGCAAAGUGCGAGUCCGACUUGAAACAUAUCAGGGAACAGAUUCAAGGCGAAGAAAAAGUUCUCAAGGAGAACGAGAAAAUCACAAGAGAUGCCGAGACGCAAAUAAAAGCCAAACGGGCCGCGAUUGAAAAAAUCAACAGCACGGUUGGCGGUACGCUUCGCGAGAAAGAAGAGGCGGAGAAAGCUUUGGAGCUGGCGGAGAAACACCUGGAGGCUCUCGCUAUGGGCAUGACCACCAACGAGCAGGGUGUCGCGGCGACUGUCACCGAACAGCUACGGCAGGCGGAAGUUGAAUCCGCUUCUUGCGCCGAUGACAUCCGCGCGCUAAAUCACGCCAUCCAGCAUCUUGAGGGGAGGUUGAAAGCGACGCAGAAAGAGCUCACCACUACCGAGAAUCACUUCAAAAAGGACUCAAACGAGAUAAACGACAAAGAGAAAAUCGUGAAAAAGCUGCAGGAUCGAAUCAAUGCUCUCCAUUUCGAUCGGGAUCGCCUCGACGAACUCGACUGCGAGAAGCAGAGUCUGGCCCCGAAGCUCCUCGAGCUCCGGAAGAACGUUGAUAACUUCGACGCUCGAAACCAGAACCUGGUCUUCAACUACUCCGAUCCGUAUCCCGGAUUCGACCGGAAGAAGGUCAUAGGUCCCGUGUGCCAGCUUUUCAAAGUCAGGGAUCCGAAAUGGGACCGGGCAAUUGAAGCCGCGGCCGGUGGAAAACUCUACCACGUCAUCGUUGAUAGCGAUGAGACGGCGAAGGAUCUUCUGAAAAACGGCAGACUCCAGAGACGAGUCACCAUCAUCGCCCUCAACAAAGUUCGAGGAUCGUUCGUAGACGAUCAAACUAUCAGGAGCGCGAAGCAACUCGUCGGCGACGAGAACAUCCACAAAACAGUCGAUCUGAUCGAGUACGACAAGCGCUACGAGACGUGCAUGAAGUACGUCUUCGGCAAGACCCUCGUGGCUGCGUCGCUGGACAUUGCCGAGAAAGCGGCCUACGAUCGACGAGUCAACACGAAAACUCUCUCCAUCUGUGGUUCAACCUGCGAUCCGAGCGGAAUGCUCAGCGGUGGUUCGGUGGCACCCGGACCCAGCGUUCUGGAAAAGCUGCAGAAAAGACGCGAAGACGUCGAACAGCUCUCUCAGCUCCAACAGCGUUACGAUGGAAUCGUAACGGCUCUGAAGCAGAUGGAAGGCGAAGCGGACACCUACAACAAGAUACACCAGGAAUUGAUGGUCAGGACCAACGAAUGGGAACAGUGCAAAGCCCGCCUCGCGAACACGAAGCACGCUCAGCUCAGCAAAGAAGUCGAAUCCUCAAAAGCAGAGCUGGAGGAGAAAAAAGUCACGCUUAAAGCCAAGACGGAGACGAAAACGUCGGCCGACGCGAGAAUCAAGGAACUGCAGCUGCGCAUGAAGAACACGGAAGGUCAGCAAGACAAAGAAAAGAAAGAGGCCGAGGCGAGCUUGAAAAAGUACGAGAAAAUCGUCAAAGCUGCUACUCAAAAGUGCGGAGCCGAGGAACGGCGACUACAGGAACUCCAAGGAGAUAUAGAUGUGCUCACGAAAGAAAUAGAGGAGGCUCAGCAAAGUAUCUCUGCUUGCAAUGAAGUUGUCGUUGAACUGAAAAAGCAAUACGAAGCUCAGGAGAAGAAGCUUUCGGGCAUCAAAGAGGGAAGAGACAAAGCGAAGUCCAUGCUUGAAGCCCAUAAGAGCAAGAUGAAAGCUCAAUCGUCUGAGAUCGGCUCGAGGUACAAGGAAAUCGACCGUAAGCAGAAGCAGAUAGAUGCGAAGAAAUUAGAGAUCCAGCAGACCGAGCACGACGUGAAGGAAAAGCGGAAGGAAUCGUCGGAUGUCGACCAUCGACUCCGUCGCAUGGCGUCGGAGCACCCGUGGAUAUCGAAGGAUAGGGCGCAUUUCGGAGAACCGAACACGGAUUACGAUUUCAGUCGGACCGAUCCGAAUGAGGUCUCGAAGAAAGUUGCCGAACUCUCCUCGCAAAAAGAAAAGAUGUCCAAAACCGUCAACGCUCGGGCGCAUACCCAAGCCAAUAAUCUCGAGAGCCAGUACAAAGAUCUGACGAAAAAGCGAGCACAAGUCGAGAAGGAUCGGGAGAGCAUCAUGAAUGUGAUGCGGGAACUCGACAUGAAAAAGGAGGAUACGAUCCGAGGCGCCUACGAUAAAGUCAACAAGGACUUCGGCGAUAUCUUCACCUCUCUGCUGGAAGGUGCGAGUGCUAAACUUGUUCCUCCUGCGGGGAAAACCCUUCUCGACGGUCUCGAGGUGAAGGUGUCUUUCGGAGGAGUAUGGAAGGAGUCCCUAUCGGAGCUCAGCGGGGGCCAGCGAUCCUUAGUUGCACUCUCGCUCAUCCUGGCCCUACUUCUGUUCAGACCGGCGCCCAUAUACAUCCUGGACGAGGUGGACGCCGCGUUGGACUUGGCUCAUACACAGAACAUCGGUCUGAUGAUCAAGAAUCAUUUUAAAUCGUCCCAGUUCAUCAUAGUGUCUCUCAAAGACGGUCUGUUCAGUAACGCGAACGUGUUGUUCCGCACGAAAUUCGUUGACGGAAAAAGCACGGUGGAAAGAUUCGUCUCGAAAAGUAGUUAGUCUCUCUCGAAUACGCUGUAAAAAUAAACAUAUUGUGCCGUUGCAUGCACGGUUGUCAUCAACUGUACUUUCAAGACAUUCUGCUAAAGAUUAAAUUUACGUCGUUUCUAUUGAACGUCUUCUCCGUUGUGAUGUUUCGCAAGUUCUCCCUGGUGUUCAUACAGAGUAUAUGUAUACAAUGUAUAUUUAUAUAGUUUUU